AUGAAGCUUACGAUUACUCUACUUCUGCUUGCGGCUGUCAGCCAUGCAGCUAAGACGAGCAGUCCAAAGAAACACAAAGCCGAAGAUAGCGAGAAAACAGAAAAAAGAGAGUUAGAUGAAGGAAACCGUGGUGUCGAAAAGAGAACUCCACUUUUAUCCACGGUGUCACCUGCCGUAACCACCGCGGGAGUAGAGUACGCGGAUACAAAACAAGAUCUUUCGGACAAAUCGCCUUCACAGCAAGCUUACGCCACACCAGGGCCUCAGAUUGCCAAGAUAUCAGAUGUAUUCGCCGGUCAGGGGCCUCACUUCCAAGCUGCUAUUGCUAGUCACCUCUACUCUCCGAUCUCUGUUUAUCAGCCAAGGCUUGGAUAUCCAACUACCUAUGAGGUAUCAGCACCAGUGCCCUCUCAACUAGCCUACUCGGAACACAGAUCAUCAUUUCCAUCACUAAAUGCUAUUCAGUACACGCCAAAGCAACAAAAACUAGCAAAACCAAUAUUUAAUUACGAACAAACUCAGGGUUUAAUUCGACCUCUGUACGAACAAAAUUUAGGACCAGUACAACCAUUAUUUCAGCAACACUCUAAUAAUGUGCAAAAUAUACCACAACCAAUUCAAUAUAGCCAACCGCAAUUGUUUGCUUCUCAGCAAUCAUUGCGAUAUCUGCAGCCACAACAAAAUCCUACUCAUGCUGGAGUCUCAUUCGCUUCACAGCCAUUUCAAGUGAAACAAACCGAGCAACGAGAUAUAAAAAGUAAAUCAGUCCAGUCACAAGUUUUAGAAAAACAAACUAUCCAGGAUUACAACGCUAAUCAACAAAAUGCUAAGAGCUAUGCUAGUUUUUCAUUCAGUCAAUCGCCCUCUGCUGAUCAAACUCAAUCAAAACUAUCCGCUCCGUCACCACAGCCACAACUCCAGGUUCAAAGUCAUCAACAAAAUCAACCACAACAAUAUCAAUCUAUUCCACAAAUCAACUACCAACUUGACCAUCCCAAUCUUCUGCAACAACAACAGCCACAACAAUCAAAUCAGCAACAAGUUCAUAUACAACCACAAAUUCAAGUUCAACAAAGUCUACAACCAUUACAACAUCAAGUUCCACAACCUCAAAUUCAAUAUCAAUCUCAACCCUCAUUACAUUAUCAAGGUAAUGAACAAGCUCAGCAACAGUUGCAAUAUCAAGCUGUGCAACCUCAAAUUCAAUAUCAACCCCAAGAACUACAACAACCACUCGAUUAUCAACAACAACCACUGCAAUAUAGCCAACCACAACAACCAUUACAAUAUCUCCAAGCACAACAACCACUGCAAUAUUCCCAACCACAGCAACCACUGCAAUAUUCCCAACCACAACAACAACUUCAAUAUUCCCAACAGCAAUCACUACAAUACCAACAGCCUCAACAAUUUAAUCAAUAUCAAACUCAUCAGGAACAGCAAGCGUUGCAAUAUCAAACACCACAUCAGGUCCCAUACCAACUAGAAUCGCAACCACAAUACUUAUACCAACAACCGCAGCUGCUUUCACAACAAUACCAGCCACAAUUCGAAAUUCCACUAAUUUUACCACAAUCUAAACCUGAAAAACAGUUCUUUAAACAAACACCUCUUUUACAAUCACAAAUUAAUCACAAUCAAGCCAGUCCUCAAAUACAAGACCUUAAUUACAAAGGUAUCCCAGCUCUGCCAACAUUUCCUUCAGUACAGUAUUUUGGAAAAUAUGCUCAAAAUAUAUUUGGCCAC